ACUUCUUUACUUUUCUACCUACUUGAUACUACUUAAUUAUGGUCUUGUCAGUCAUUAUAGUUGUAUCUAUUCUUUUACUAAAAAGUUUUGCAAUAAUUGAAAGUACAAAUUAGUCAUAAUAUCUACUUUAUAGAUUUAUAAGAGCUCUUUAAGUAUAAUUUGCCAGAUUUACGUAAUAUAGAUUACUGUUUAAGUUACAAAUAAAACUGUUAUCAGUUAGAUGUUUUCACGUGUGGUUGCGUUAUCAGAAAUCGAGAAAUGUCAAAGCUCGGCUAUCCGUCUAAAUUGAGAUGGGAGUUGAAAAUAUCGAAAGGACUUAGGAAUUAAAUGAUUUUUGUCUCCAUUCCUGCGUUAUCUCAUUUUAUAAUACCAUUAUUUAUGAUUAUGUUUAAAAAUAUGGACUUAUGGACUCAAAAGUAUGUUGGAACUGGUCGGAGCCUGUACUAAAUAAUAUUUUAUUUAUUCAAAUUGGGUUCAUCGCUACAUGGUUGGGUUAUAAAGCGCUUUACGCGAGCGCCAUUUUGUAAUGUCGUCGCUGAAUGGAACAAAUGAUGCAAGAUUGUUCAAAAAUUUCAAUUUAAAGUAUCCUGAAUCUUCAAUUAUUGUUUGAAUUAACAAAUUCAUCAAAAAGUGCAGCGAGAAGAGUGUACAAAUGAGUGCUCACGAAAUUGAAUAUAUUGAGACAGAAGGGGAUUAUGUGCAGAUGAAUAACACAGUGAUUGUAGACGGAGAAACUCAAGAAGACGGAGAUGAGCAUUGGGAAGAUAAAAGUAUUAGAUUGCUCUUGGACAUGUACCUGCAAAACAUUGAGAAGUUCAGGGAUCCUAAAAUGAAAAAGAAAAACGUUUGGCUUAACAUCGCCCAUGUGGUCGGAAAAGGACCAGAAAACUGUGACAAGAAAUUCAGGAAUUUGAAACAAACCUAUGUUCGCUUAUUGAAGAAAAAGAAUAGAAGUGGGGCUCUAACAGUCAGGUGGCCAUAUUUUAAUAUAUUUGAGGAAAUAUUUAGUGAAAAUGGUGAAUAUCAACCAGAGAUUCAGCAAAAGAUACAAGAGGGCAACACGGAAGAUGUUGCUAAAGUCCUCUUAUCGAUAAACGCUGCACGUCCUAUUGAGGCUUCAGUGCCAGACAAUGAAGAAGCAUCCACGAGCCAGAAUGAUGAAGCCAAGAAGAAACUGAAUAAAAAGAGAUAUAAUGAGUUUAGAAAAAUUACUCUUGAAAUGAGAGACCGACAAAGGACUGUUGAAGAGAAAUUAGAUAGACUCAUAAAUAUAGUUGAAGAAUCAAACGCUAUACAAAGAGAGAGAAAUGCUAUGUUCCAACAAUUUUUGGAAAAAUUAAAUAACUCACAAUGACACAAUAUCUAUUAUGCUACGUGUUUGAACUCCAUCUCAAUGUGAUUUUUGUAAAUAUUUGAUUAAGUGAC